AUGUUUCACUUACCUGCACUUUGUUGGAGAAUGCUUUCUAAUCAGUCAGGAUUAAAUGUUUCUGUAGUUCUUAGCCUUGCUUGUCAAGAAGAAAAUGUUGACCCGGAAGUUCGUGACCGUUCAGUAGACAUUUUGACUAGACAUAUUGACGAUGCUUUACGUUAUCAACGCGAUCUUAUUAUUCGUUCAAAGGGUGUUUUUCUUUUUGCAUUAAUUAAUAUUGGAAGAUUAUAUGGAGCUUAUGUUACUUUAGUUUAUUCAAUGUGCAAAUUAUUACAUUUAUUUAAUGUUUUGAUUCAAUUUUAUUUUUUAAACAAAUUUCUUGGAACAGCCGAUUAUCCCCUAUUUGGAGGGCAUGACCGUGAAUGGCAAGAUUCUGGCAGAUUUCCAAGAGUAACCCUCUGUGAUUUUGAAAUUAGAGUUUUGGGGAAUAUACACAGGCAUACAGUACAGUGUGUGCUUGUUAUAAAUAUGUUUUUAGAAAAGAUUUUCGUCUUUUUAUGGCUCUGGCUUCUAUUUUUAGCUUUCCUUUCAAUUGUAAAUUUAUCAGCUUGGUUAGCAACGGUAGCUGUUCCUAUUUGUAGACAAGCAUUUGUAGAAAAAUUUUUAGAUUUGAGUCAAUAUGAGCCUAAAACUAGUGCAGAAGUUCACUUAUUUGUUGAAAAAUUUCUUAGGCCUGAUGGCGUUUUUUUACUUAAAAUGGUAAGGAAAAAUAAAAAUCUUCCGUAA